CGAGAUUUUGCCUAGGAGGGGAGUGUCAGAUUCCAAGAGAGAGAAGAGAGGAGAGAGAGGCGCUGAGAUACGCUUAAGGCUCUUCACAAAUAUGGGGGAUGAUCGACCUUUCGUGUGCAAUGCCCCAGGCUGUGGACAGAGGUUCACCAAUGAAGAUCACCUCGCUGUUCACAAGCACAAGCAUGAGAUGACACUCAAGUUUGGACCUGCCAGAACAGACUCGGUCAUCAUUGCAGACCAGACUCCCACUCCGACUCGGUUCCUGAAAAAUUGUGAGGAGGUGGGACUCUUUAAUGAGUUAGCCAGUUCCUUUGAACAAGAGUUCCCCAAAACCCAGGAAGAUGACGAUAACAAGAGAGCUAAGAAUCCUCUACCUCCUUCCCACCCUGCUGCCCUGGACAUGAGCCUGCAGACACCAUCUGAGGUGAAGGUGAAGCAAGAGGGGCCUGUUGAGGUGGAUUCCUCUCCUCCCGGGAGCCCUGACUCAGUCUCCAGCAUGUCUGACAGUGGCAGGAGGUCCACGCAGGGAAGGCUAGAUAGUGAUAAAAGCCCUGGAGAAGUUAAAGAAGAGAUUCCGCAUGAUGUUGCUCGACUUGUCCAGGAGGGUAACCCAAAGUCAGCAGUGAGUUCAGCCCCUACCCCUACCAUCGUUCGGCCCGGCUCACUGCCUCUCCACAUGGGUUAUGAUGCCAUGCACCCUACCAUGCCCUCACCGACCUCAGUCAUCACACAGGCUCCUCCCUCCAACCGCCAGCUGGGUUCCCCGACAGCGCAGUACCCAAUGGUGAUGCAUCUUCCCAAUGGCCAAGCGGUACCAGUGCUUCCUGGCCCAGUGCAAAUGCCCUCUGUCAUAUCGUUGGCUCGGCCGAUGUGCAUGGUGCCCAACAUCCCCGGUAUCCCUGGUCCCACACUGGGAGGCACCAGCAGCGGCUCCUCGUCCCCCUCUGGAUACAACCACCAUUCAGAGGCCAAAAUGAGGCUGAAGGCGGCCCUGUCUCAGACACCUGGAGGCCAGCACGGUGCAGGCAUGGCCAUGGGCUCCAGUCCAAUGGGGCCCCAGAGGCCGGAGCAGGGCCAGCUGCUGGUGCAGCAACCUGACGCACCUUCUCCAGCACAGCCACAGGUGUCUCCAGCCCAGCCCACUGGUGGUCGGCGGCGGAGGACAGCAGAAGACGAUCCAGACGAGAGAAGGCAGCGUUUUCUGGAGCGUAACCGGGCAGCAGCAUCACGCUGCCGUCAAAAACGCAAACUGUGGGUCAACUCCCUUGAGAAGAAGGCUGAGGAAUUAAGCACCAUGAAUGUCUCUCUUUCGAAUGAGGUGUCCCUGCUGCGGAAUGAGGUGGCCCAUCUUAAGCAGCUUCUGCUGGCCCACAAGGAUUGCCCUGUCACCAACCUGCAGAAGAAGGCUGCCUACCUGGGAGAAGAGAGCCUGAAGGAGUCGUCCGAGCCCACAGGUUCACCAGCUCAGGUUAUUCAGCAUAGUUCCCUAGCGCCCAGUCCUCCAGGCUCAGGGCCCAAUGGCCUGAGUGCGCGUGCUGCAGCUGAGGCAGUGGCCAUGUCCGUGCUGGCUGGCAUGGGCGGCCAGCAGGGCGGCGGUACCGGGGGCCCCUCCCACAUCAUUAUGUCCUCGCAGUCCCAGCCUGCCGCUAGAUGAUGAGCGCAGCAGCGGCCGCAGCACUGGGGUUACCUAGAACUGGACCGGCACCAACACAGGAGUGAGUCUUUGACCCCUGGCUAUGUCCUCUUGUCCCUCCCACCUUCUUCUUGGUGUCCACCCACCCAGUCGUGCAUGGCACUGGGCCGGAGCUCUGCAACAGUCUGAGGAUGAACUGAGACAAAUGGUGUUCUUCCUAUUCGCGAUGCCAUGGACUACGGGGAGAGCUUGUCACUCCUCGCAACCUCCCCCAAAUUUCAUAACUCCACCUUAACCUCAUUUGGCUUUAUGACUGCAUAACUUGUUCUGUGUGCAUUCUCGGCUGACUCUACAAGUGGACAUUUUGUGAUGCUUACCAUACACAUACACGCUCAUACUCACGCUCAUGUUUUGUGGCCCAGUGGUUCGAUACGUGCAGGUCAUUUUCCAGGUUUUUUUCAGUCGCUACUCUUUACCAGAUAAAGGCCAAGCCUUGCUCUGCUGUACAUCGUAUGUUUAAAGUAGAAUCUGUCUUUUCACACACUGAAUGUUGUUUGAGAAGGGGAUCUUUGUGUUUUUAUUGCGGAAAAGUAACUUCCUGGCCAGUUUGAAAUAAGACUUGAAGAUGCUCAACCUAUAGUAGGCCAUAAUUACGGACUAGUUCUAUAACGUUGUUAGCUAACCUCUAGCAAUUUGUAAGAUCUACAUCAACCUGUGUACACCUACAUGUUGGAGUGUGUGUAUGUGUGAGCUUAUAUGUUGUGUAUGGGCAAUUGCACACUUAAAUGUAUAUCAAUAUUUAGCCUAAAGUCUUCAAUACACUAAUCUGGUUUUGUUAGCAUGCCUGUUUUACUCACAGAUUAGUCCGGUUUUUGGUCAUUUAAUUUUUUUUAGUUGCAUUCUGUCCAGCCUGGAUUCCAGGGAACCUCUUAUUAUUUUGAGCUUCCGCCUCAGCUGACUGCAUCUUCUAAUAGUGCUGGUUUGGGAUGAGUUCAGUUCCUUGUUUGAUGACCUGGUGUAGAGUGCCUUCCCUGGGACUGUUCAAUCCCAUGCUUUUUGGCUUGUUCCCAACUCCCUGAUUUGUAAUGUUUUGGAUGGGGGGGGGAUCUUCACUUGUGCAAUGAUGUCUCGUGUUGCUCUGAGCUGCUGACUAAAUAAUUUAGUUCUGCAGAAUUUUGCUUGUCGCCUCCUUACCCGGCCAUCCUCUCCAGGGUCCCUCAGCAAUAGGUUCUCGCACACAAAAGAUCCGUUGCCGUUAAUGGUUUAAUUCAUGUGAUUGAUUUAAAAAAUGGUUGAAAAUGCUAAUUGACUGCAUGUUCUCAUUCCUUUUUUUUUCCAUAUUCAGAUUUUUUUCUAGGGUUGUAACGGUACACAGAAUUCUCAGUUCGGUACAAACUUUGGGUUUGUGCUCACAUGAUUCAGUGCAAUUUCAGUACAGCAGGGAAAACAGAACUCGUUUUGAAAUUGUUUAUCAUCAAAACUGCAAACACUAUUAGGAACAGUUGUUAACCAAACAAAAGCCAAUGAGUCUGUCAGUGUGUCAUAACAGAACCUGAGAGGCUUAUUUGCACGUCGUAAAAAUAAACAGAAAUGUAAAUAAAAAUUCAUAAAUAAGACUGAAUCAUAACAAUCAUGAUAAACUAAAUCCUGUCUAAACGCCAUACUCUAUUACUGAAUAUGACAUAUCUGUAGCGACGAACACCUCAACAGCCUUAGAAUGAAACACUCUGAUGUUGUCUCAAAUGAGUUACCAUAAUGGAUUUGUUUCCAGCAACAUAUCCAAGUUUGAUAUGACAGAGCUGACAAACAGUCUUUGACUUAUCAACCAGUGUUAGUGUAAUUUAUUGGGGGAAAUGUUCCCAAACUACUGAUUGACGCGGGAGGAUCUUUCAGGCCUCCCUUUGCCAUUACGACUGACUGUAACCAGCACUAGCUGUAAUCAACUCACAGCCACAGUUAGCAUAAUGUCUUCAGUGUCGAACAUCUAUUUGUAAAUUUAGGCUCUGUUCGUAUCUAAUAGUUUUGCAUUCCUGACCAAAAAUUAUAUAAGCUGGCGGCACACGAGGAAUACAGGUACCGUUACAGCCCCGUUUUCUUUACACACACCUGCAGCUCGUGGUCCUUCCUCAGCUGCACUUACACUUUUCUAUACAAAAGAGGAAGAAGGAGAAAAAUAAGAAGCGCAAUUUGCCUUAAAUAUCACACUUGUGCCUCCCACCUUUCCAGGAUAAGCUGAUGGCAAGACAGAUGACAAAUGGAAGGACAAAAUUUUAUUCUCCUUGGUUGCUCACUGUGUGAAGAACCUUUAGUUGUGGGGGGGGGGG